AUGGAUGUCGCACAUAGUUCGAUUAUGGGUGGACAUUUGGGUAUCCAAAAAACCACUGAUAAGGUUACGAGUAACUUUUAUUGGCCUGGAAUCCAUGGUGACGUCACUCGAUUUUGUCGCUCUUGUGACAUUUGCCAAAAAACUAUACAGAAAGGGAAAUUCCCUAAAGUGCCUCUAGAAAUGAUACCAUUAAUUGAUACACCCUUCAAAAGAAUAGCGGUAGAUCUGGUCGGAUCCAUCUACCCACCUAGUGAGCAAGGACAUGUACAUCGUUAUAUCCUUACUCUUGUUGAUUAUACCACCCGUUACCCGGAUGCUGUUCCCUUAAAAUCAAUUAGUACGGAAGCAGUUGCUGAAUCCUUGGUAGAUAUGUACAGUAGACUUGGUGUUCCGGAGGAAGUUCUUAGCGACUUAGGAACUCAAUUUGUAUCUGAGUGUAUGCAGGAAGUGUCGAGAUUGCUAAGUAUCAAGCAACUGUCAACUAUGCCUUACCACCCGAUGUGCAACGGUCUUAUUGAGAAGUUCAAUGGAAGCCUGAAUAAUAUGUUGAAGAAGCUAUGUAGCGAACAACCAAAGCAGUGGCCCCGUUAUAUUAAUGCCUUGUUAUUCGCCUAUCGAAAAGUGCCACAAGGAUCCACUGGAUUUUCCCCAUUUGAACUGUUAUACGGCCGCACCGUACGAGGUCCAAUGAUGAUUUUGAAGCAGCUGUAGAUCCAUAAAGUAGAAGAUCCUGAAGUGAAGACCAGCUACAAAUACGUGUUCGAUCUUCGGGAGAGAAUAGAAGAGACUUGAAGCUGGCACAAGAUGAACUGAAGAAAUCUCAAGUAAAAUAGCAGCGUUACUACAAUCGAAAGGCCAAGUCACGAAGCUUCAAAAUCGGCAGCAAAGUUUUACUUCUAUUAGCGAGUUGCAGUGGAAAGGUCCUUUCCUCGUAGAGUCGAUUGUCGGAGUCAAUGAUUACGGGAUCAAGGUUGGUGAUAAAGUAAAAACAUUUCAUGCGACCAUGUUGAAGGAAUACGUCGAGAGACAACCACGGAAGUCAAAGAGCGGGAAGAAGCGUCGCCAAAGAAGAAUGAUCGCGAGAUAGAAGGUAGUUCAGUCCUUCACGUUGCUGCGGCAGCUGUGAUUGAGCAAAGAGAAAGUGGUCGAUAA